AUGCACUGUCUGAGAGCGCUGCGGCGCUCCGGCUCCCUGCAACUCGUCGCCAAACACGCAGACGCGGCGAAGAAGGUUUUCACCGCGCAGCCAGCGUGUCGUCUGACCGCCGGCGAGUCCACGACGACGUCACGGGGACCACCUGUGCCCGCGUGCGCGGACCGCUUCCACCUCAAAACGAAUAUUCAUUCAAAGUCCCCCAGCUCUGGAGUGGAAGACCUCCUUUUCUACACCAUCACAGAGGGGAAAGAACACGUCCCCAUUUCGUACUUUACCUCGGCCCUGAAGAAAACCGGCCUUCACCCAUCGGACCCUCGUCUGAAGGACUGCAUGGAGGAGCUUCGGCAGGCUGUGAAGGAGUCGGUUGGAGAGGUGAUGAUGGACCGAGACCUUUUCCACAGGUGUGUCGGGGGAAACAUCGUCUUGCUGAUCCAGGCCUUCAGAAAGAAAUUCAUCAUCCCGGAGUUUGACGUGUUUGCACAAAAAAUCAAUGAAAUCUACAAAACAGUUCAAAAGCAAAAGGAUGGGCGGGUGGCAGAUUACAUCCCACAACUCGCCAAGUUCAGUCCAGACCUGUGGGGUGUGUCUCUGUGCACCGUGGAUGGACAGAGGCACUCGGUAGGCGACACCAAGCAGCCCUUCUGCCUGCAGUCCUGCGUGAAGCCCCUGCAGUACGCCAUCGCCGUCCACGAGGCGGGCACAGAGCAGGUUCACCGCUACGUCGGCAUGGAGCCCAGUGGACUCAAGUUCAACAUGCUCUCGCUCGACGAUGAAGAUAAGCCUCACAACCCCAUGGUGAACGCUGGAGCCAUCGUGAUCAGCUCUCUUAUCAAGCCUCGUUCAAAUAAGGCAGAGAAGUUUGACUACGUCAUGGAGUUUGUGAAAAAGAUGGCCGGCCAGGAGUACGUGGGAUUCAGCAAUGCCAUGUUCCAGUCGGAAAAAGAAACGGGCAACAGAAAUUUUGCCAUCGGAUACUACAUGAAAGAGAAGAAGUGUUUUCCGCUGGGAGCAGAUAUGAUCGACUCCCUGGACUUCUACUUCCAGCUCUGCUCCAUCGAGGUGACCUGCGAAUCAGGAAGCAUCAUGGCCGCCACUCUGGCCAACGGAGGGAUCUGUCCAAUCACAGGCGAGCGUGUCCUGAGUGCCGAAUCGGUGCGAAACACUUUGAGUCUCAUGCACUCAUGCGGCAUGUACGACUUCUCUGGUCAGAUGGCAUUUCAUGUGGGUUUGCCGGCCAAAUCUGGGGUGUCCGGUGCGAUACUGUUGGUGAUCCCAAACGUCAUGGGCGUGAUGUGUUGGUCUCCUCCCCUGGACCGAGUUGGAAACAGCGUCCGUGGAAUUCACUUCUGUCAGGAGCUCGUUUCGCUCUUCAAUUUCCACAAUUAUGACAACCUGAGACACUUUGUGAAGAAGCUGGAUCCUCGCAGGCCGGAUGGAGAUGACAGGAACAAGUCUGUUUUUAAUUUGAUGUUCGCCGCCUACAGUGGGGAUGUGUCCGCCCUGAGAAGGUUUGCUCUCUCAUCCAUGGACAUGGAGCUGAAAGACUAUGAUUCUCGAACGGCGCUACACAUCUCUGCAGCAGAGGGUCAUAUAGAUGUGGUGAAGUUCCUUACUGAAAUCUGCAAAGUUGAUCCAUCUGUAGAAGACAGGUGGGGGAACCUGCCGAUCGAUGACGCCAGGCAGUUCGGACAUGAGGAGGUGGUGACGGUGCUGAAAGACUACCAGCAGGUGUACAGCCAACGUGGAGUGCAGCACACCGAGGCUGGACAUUCCCCCAUCAUGGACACCAUCGAGGUCAUAGUGUGAUGUGUUCUCCAAGAACAGUAAUACGUGAGGGCGCGUGUGUGUGUGUGUGUGUGUGUGUGUGUGUGUGUGUGUGUGUGUGUGUGUGUGUGUGUCGGAACGAUUUCAUGCACACAAUUAGCUUUAAAAAACAAGACCUGUAUAUGACUAUGAAAAUAAAAAAGAAGAACACAAAAAGUAAAUAGAAUAAAACCUGUAUUGUGUAAACAAGAACAUCUAAUUGACUGAUUUCAAAUCGGUAACGCUGGAAUACACCUGAUAACCUGAUGUUAAUGUUGUUUUAUAUACCGUACGGGUCGAAAGUUUGGAUACAGUUUGUGUUCAAACUUUGACUGGUACUGUGUAGCAUGUAGAGUAUAUAGACGCUGUGCUAUAUAUUGCUAUAAUUGUUGAAAAGGGAUUUUACGGAUAUUUAUACUUACAAUGCUUAUUAUUUUCAAUGGUACAUGUUCCAUGUUUUUUAUUUGUACUAGUCUAUUGUUUCUUGUUAAAUCAUUUGAAUAUGUGAAAACCAAUGAACAUUUCUGAAUGUUAAAACUCAAGUUUUAUGUUUCGUAACAAGAGAGUUCUGGAGUUACAAGAAGGAUUUGUACAUGAUCCCAUUAAACACAAUGCUUUAUAUAUUGUUUUUAUUAUGUUCUUCAGCUGUAAAUAAGUGCACUGGAUUUAUAAUAAUACAUUAUUAUACACAGUGUAAAAAGAUUGUAUUGCUUCAUAAUCAUCAACUUCUGAGAUUCAUUUACAUCAAAUCAUUUGACUUAAAAAAAACACCCAUUAAAAUGUUUUUUUUUUUAUCUGA